UUGCUCGAGGAAGAAAGAGAGUGGUGCGCACCACCUAAGAUGUUCGCCUCGGCGUUCGCUGUGUCGUCUUCGUAUAGCGCUGAGCAAGAGGCGACUGCAAGGGACAGCUCCGUCAUCGUGGCCGUCGACCGGGACAAGAACAGCCAGCAGGCGGCGAAAUGGGCGGUGGAUAAGCUCCUGUCCAGGGGCAGCACGCUCACGCUCGUCCAUGUCAGGGCUGAAGGAGGCAAAGAUGAGGGGGACGCAGAGAUAACACAGCUCUUUAUCUCAUUCAGAGGUUAUUGUGCUCGUAAAGGUAUGCAUCUGAAGGAGGUCAUCUUGGAUAACAGUGACAUCUCCAAAGCAAUAAUUGAAUAUGCCACUAGCAACGCCAUCACAGACAUUGUCGUUGGGGCAUCAACUAAGAACACAUUCAUCAGAAGAUUCAGAAAUCCUGAUGUCCCAACAUGCUUGAUGAAGAUGGCACCCGAUUAUUGCACGGUGCAUGUCAUACACAAGGUGAAAGCCAUCCAGGUGAAGGCAGCCAAAUCUCCAGCACCCUUUGCCACUCUCCCUCCAAAGCAAUACUCCCAACCAAUCAUAGAGUCCGAUGCCUCAAGAGCUUCAAGAGGGGACUGGAAGAAAACUUCUCAUUCUCAUACAUCAUCUCCGAUGGCAAGUAGAAAUUCAGUGGACCGAUUAUCUGCCUAUGCAAAGGCCCCAUCAAGGGAUAGGCCACUUACUGGAGCUAGGACAGCACCCCAGAAGGAUUUUGACGAUUACAUUGAUUUUAUAGCACCACCAAGGCCCUCAGUGACUCGUAGCUCCUUUUCUGACGAUAUUGAUUUGGCAAUGAGCAUGGAGUUACCAUCCAUAGACUUUGCUGAAUCCAUGGAGCUCUCCUCGGCAAUGUCCAUGGAAAGCUUAAGUUCUGCCGGGGAUGUCGAAGCUGAAAUGAGACGGCUGAGACUAGAACUGAAACAGACAAUGGAGAUGUAUAACUCUGCAUGUAAGGAGGCUAUUGAUGCUAAACAGAAGACAGCACAGAUGCACCAGAUGAAGAUGGAGGAGUCCAAAAAGUUCCAAGAAUUAAGGAAUGCUGAAGAGGAAGCUCUUGCACUUGUUCAAAUGGAGAAAGCAAAGUGCAGAGCUGCCCUGGAAGCGGCAGAAGCUGCACAAAAGAUUGCAGAGCUCGAGGCACAGAAGAGAUUGAGAGCAGAAUGGAAGGCAAAGCGGGAGGCCGAGGAUAGAAAGAAAGCAACUGAUGCACUGAACAAAAAUGACCUCCGGUACAGAAGAUAUUCCAUUGAUGACAUAGAAGCUGCAACUCAUAAGUUUGACAAGGCGCUCAAGAUAGGAGAAGGUGGAUAUGGACCAGUAUAUAAAGCAGUGUUGGAUCAUACUAAUGUCGCUAUUAAAAUCCUAAGACCAGACGCAUCACAAGGAAGGAAACAAUUUCAGCAAGAGAUUGAAGUGCUAAGCUGCAUGCGGCAUCCAAACAUGGUCCUGUUGCUUGGAGCUUGCCCAGAGUAUGGCUGCCUAGUGUACGAAUACAUGGACUAUGGCAGCCUAGAGGACCGGCUCUGCAGACGAGGUAAAACAUUGCCUAUUCCAUGGAGCGUCCGCUUCAGGAUCGCCGCCGACAUUGCAACUGGACUUCUCUUCCUCCACCAGGCGAGGCCAGAACCACUUGUCCACCGGGACCUAAAGCCUGCCAACAUCCUCCUCGACCACAACUUUGUCAGCAAGAUCAGUGAUGUCGGGCUUGCAAGGCUGGUGCCACAGUCCGCAGCUGAUGUCACGCAGUACAGGAUGACAUCCACGGCCGGCACAUUCUGCUACAUUGACCCCGAGUACCAGCAGACCGGCAUGCUCACCACCAAGUCUGACAUAUACUCGCUUGGCAUCAUGCUGCUACAGAUCAUCACGGCAAGAUCGCCCAUGGGACUCACGCACCAUGUCGAAAAUGCCAUAGAGAGAGGGACCUUCCAGGAGAUACUUGACCAGACAGUGACGGACUGGCCGGUGGAAGAGGCUCUGGAAUUCGCAAAGCUGGCGUUGCGGUGUGCGGAGCUACGGAAGAAAGAUAGGCCGGAUCUCGGGAAGGAAAUCCUGCCGGAGCUCAACAGACUGCGUAAUCUUGGGCAUGAGUACGAGGCUUCCCAGGUCAGCAGCGCAAGCACAAACUGUUCAAGCUCCGCACCAUACAGUUUCAGUAACGAUGACAUAUAAAUCCUGUAAGGACGAAGCAUCCAGUGCAAGGCGGUGAUGCAAACCAAGCAUACUUAACUGUAUAGAGUAUGGACAGACACAAGGGUUGCCUUUGGGCCUGGUCUGGAAAAUCCGCUGCUGUCUCUGCCUGUACAGAUCCUAACUCGCUCAGAUGAGAUGAUCAAGGGCAGCAGCAUCUGAUGAUGGGACCAAACAUAGUUUCGGUCAACCAGAAGAGAUUGUUAGCGUGUAGAUAAGGGGGAGCAUACAAAGGAAACUUAAGGUGUGCGUGUAUGUAAAAUGGCAAUUGCAAAUUUCAUUUUACUGUAACAUCAGCCUCAAGUUUUCAACUAUGGUUUGCCUCCUUUAUUUUCCAACA